GUUCUCCUCACACCUUCUCAUGCGCCCCCGCCGGUACCGCGCAGCGCUCCGUGCGCCAAGAUGAGCGGCCGCUCCGGAGCCAUCUGAACACCCCACUGCACGCCGAGAGGGGGGAGAGAGAGCAGGAGGGAGAGAGAGAGGGAGAGAGAGACGCGAGAGAGAGAGAGACGCGAGAGAGAGAGAGGGAGAGAGAGAGGGAGAGAGAACCGUCUCCUCUCACAACCUAUCCUCCGUUUCGUUCUGGACGAGACCGCAGCGCGAGCCGUUUCUUUCGGCAUCUUUUCUUUCAGCCGACCCCCCCCCCCUCUUCGUUAUUGUUGGUCUCUUGGUUAAAAGGAGAAAGCGGUGAGCCCGGUCGUGAUUUUUUUUUUUUUGGGGGGUGGAAAUACAUUUUGGCAUUUGUUUUAUUUUUUAUUUCUUGCUGAGUGUGGGUAGCGCGCUGUUUGUGCGCGCUUGUGCAAAUUCCGGUGAAUGGUGGAUUUGGCAAACAUGGAGACCGUGGAGAAGGAAUGCGGGGCCCUCGGGGGUCUAUUCCAGGCGAUUGUCAACGACAUGAAGUGCUCCUAUCCUGUGUGGGAGGACUUCACCGCCAAGGCCACCAAGCUGCAUUCCCAGCUCCGAACGACUGUGCUUGCUGCUGUGGCCUUUCUGGAUGCCUUUCAGAAGGUGGCAGACAUGGCAACCAACACCCGAGGGGCAACCAGAGACAUCGGUUCAGCUCUGACCAGGAUGUGCAUGAGGCAUCGCAGCAUUGAGGCCAAACUCCGCCAGUUCACCAAUGCUUUGAUGGAGAGUCUGAUCAAUCCUCUCCAGGACAAGAUUGAGGACUGGAAGAAGACGGCUAACCAGCUGGAUAAGGACCAUGCCAAAGAAUACAAGAGGUCACGCCACGAGAUCAAGAAAAAGUCAUCCGACACCAUGAAACUACAGAAGAAGGCUCGUAAAGAGAUCCAGGGGCGAGUAGACCUGCAGCCUCAGGUGGACAGCGCCAUGCAGGACGUGACGGACAUGUGUCUGCUGAUGGAGGAGACGGAGAAGCAGGCGGUGCGCCGAGCCCUCGUGGAGGAGAGGGGUCGCUUCUGCACCGUCAUCGGCUUCCUGCAGCCGGUCGUGAACGGAGAGAUCGCCAUGCUGGGAGAGAUCACCCACCUCCAGGCCAUCAUUGAUGACCUCACCGUGCUGACGACAGAUCCCCACAAACUGCCCCCAGCUAGUGAACAGGUGAUUAAGGAUCUCAAGGGGUCCGAUUACAGCUGGUCCUAUCAGACCCCUCCUUCGUCCCCGAGCAGCUCUGGCUCUCGCAAGAGCAGCAUGUGCAGCAGCGUCAACAGUGCCCACAGCAGCGCCUCCCGUUCAUCGGGGGGAGGCGGUGUUGGUGGUGUUGGUGGAGGCUCGCAGCCCCACUCACCCACCUCUUCCUCCUCCUCCUCCUCCUAUCGCUACCGCAGCAGCCUGCCGCAUCAGCCUCUGCCACCGGGGGGCAUCGCCGCCCACCGCCUCAGCAGUGUCUCCUCCCACGAUUCUGGCUUUGUGUCCCAGGAUGUCAACAUCUACUCCAAGCCCCCCUCGCCGAUGCCCUCGGACAUCACCAGCCAGAAGUCAUCCAGUUCGGCGUCAUCAGAGGCCUCAGAAACAUGCCAGUCAGUCAGUGAAUGCAGCUCCCCCACCACUGAUUGGUCCAAAGCAGGUCAGUACGAGCAGCCGGUGGCCCCGGCGGCAGUUCAGAGGAGGAAGGAACCCCUCGAUAGACUGAGGGAGAACGAGAUGUCCCCGAGCUCCCAGGGGUACAGCGGGCCGUCGCACCCCGACGACGCACAGAGACACAGGAUGACCCCGGCAACCAUCGCUGCCAAGCAUGGAGAAGAGGUGUCUCCGGCAGCCAGUGACCUGGCCAUGGUGCUGACCAGAGGGCUGAGUAUGGAGCAGCAGAAAAGCAACAGAGACUCCCUGCAGUACUCCAGUGGCUACAGCACAGAGACCACUACCCCAUCCUGCUCCGAGGACACCAUUCCUUCACAAGGUUCGGAUUAUGACUGCUACUCAGUGAACGGUGAUGCUGAAGGAGCAGAUGGCCAGACAGAGUUUGACAAGUCUUCUACCAUUCCUCGACACUCUAACAUCGCCCAAAACUACCGGCGCAUGAUCCAGACCAAGAGGCCCGCCAGCACCGCCGGCCUACCCAGUGGGGUUCUUGGGCCCGGCGGUCAUGGGAUACCAGGACAACCCGGUGGAGCUGGUGGUGGUGGAGCAGGAACUCCAGGCACCGCCACCAUCCGCCGAACUCCGUCGACAAAACCGGGCGUGAGGCGCACACUGUCCAGCGCUGGGCCCAUUCCCAUCCGACCACCCAUUGUGCCCGUCAAGACACCCACCGUCCCCAGAGACUCACCCGGCGCAGCGGGUGCCUACGCUGGGGGAGGGCACUCGGGUGGUGUGCCCGUACGUGUGGGCAGCGAGGAGUGCGUGUUCUUCACCGGAGUCGAUGAUGGGCAGGGAGCGCUUGAUUAUGUGAAGGCAUCACCCAAGCGCCUCAGCCUGCCUAACACCGCCUGGGGGUCCGGGGCGGCGCUAGAGGUCUACGCCCAGCAGCACGGAGGCCUCGCAUUGGCAACGGGAUCAGAGGAGGAUCAGAUGAUCGCGGCCAAUCGGCACAGUCUAGUGGAGAAGAUCGGCGAGUUAGUGGCCAGCGCGCACGCCCUUGGAGAGGGGCAGUUUCCUUUCCCCGCCCUCCCCGAUGACCCGGCCCUGCCACCAACAGGCCUCACCGACGCAGCGUCAGGCACAGAGGGGGCGGGAAGGUCCGGUGACAUGUUGACCACCAUCAGGAGAGGAGUCCGUCUCCGCAAGACCGUCUCCAAUGACCGCUCGGCGCCGCGCAUUUUGUGAUUGGAGGAGAAACAACCAGAGGAUGAUACCCGUCAGCCAAUAGGGAGUCAGGUGUUGGUGUGGUGCAACCCAACCGCCUAGUACAUGCACAGACACUUACUACGUAGGGAAAGCUAUAACAUAACAGAAGAUGAAUGAAAACAAACACAAAAAAAUACGUUUAAAGACACCAUUAGAGUAAAUGAUAUAUAAUAUACUGAUAAUAACAUUAAUAAUGUUAACUCAUGCUGAUAAUUACAAGUAAAAUAGUAAAUAUUGACAGGCUCCUAGCAGGCCACUAUAACUAGUGUGUGUUGGACGCAUGUUUGUCUUCUCUACACCUUCACGCAGCGACGAAAAAACUGCUGAAAGACAAAUAACAGAAAAAAAAGAAAAGGCAAAUGAAAGAGCGAAAGACUGGUUCCUGUUUGUCGAAUAACACGCUUCCUCAUCCUCUGCUCCAACUAACCCAGCUGUCUAAUCCCAGAUGAAAGACUGAGGACUGAAGGAGGGCCAUGGGACAGGGGGGGCGGCGAGAGAAGGAGUCAGAGUGUCGUGCUAUCAGCUGGAUUAGAACUCUGUCUGUCUCAGCAGCAGCGUACUGUACUUAUUAGUGCACUGAACUGAAGCUUUGGUAUUAGCACGGGGAGCUAACAAGCCAGAGGGCUCCUCUGGUUCAUCCUAAUGUAAAAAAAAAAAAAAAUGGUGUUGGCAUUGAACCGUGCUAGUGCUACUUACGCUCUCUCUCUUUGUGUGUGUAUAGCGUGUGCGUGGAUUCAUGUGUAGGCAUAUGACAAUGUAAGCGCGUGUGUGUGCAAAGGGUUGGGGGGGGGCGGGUAGAGCUCUGCUGCAGGACAGCUGGUUACCCAACGAGGGCAGGGCUUUUUUUUCUCCUGUGUGUCGUAUGUGUGUUUUCUUGUUCCUAUCGUGACGUCAUUUACCUUGUUACAAGCGUACGAGAAGUAAUCCAGGCCCAUAGAUAUAUUCAUAUAUAUUUUCUAGAACCAGAGUAAAGAUGUUAAAUCAGAAAUGGAGCAAUAAACGUGUUUUAUUUUCUUGUUUCCGAGAGGAGGAUUGAUGGAGAACCGCGAGGUUCUCCUUUGUCACAUUCAGGCAAUCAUCAGGAAUGCUAAAUUACACAUCAACUGUGAAUUCAGGCCAUGCUGGUCUUAUGGCGUGAGUCUCUCCUUGUCCCUGUAUUCUUUCUGGUGGAGGAAAGGAAUUACAAAAAUGCUGAAAAAGAUAACUGAAAAGCACUUUGGAAAGUAAUAUAGCAUGUACCACAGCCAAGGGGCUGGUAGUCAAACUGAACGAUAGGGAGUGGAAGUGAGAGAGACGGAAGCUAAUGGGAGGGAAGUAAAUUCAUGAAUUCGUAGAAGAAGCAGAAGACGGGGAUGGUCAAAGAGGAAGUAAUGAAGACUGGUGGAAUCGGAGUGAUUGGUCAAAGGACAGAAGGGGAAAGAAAGUCAAAACAAGGAUUGGAUAACAGGAGAAUAGUGCUGGACCUCGUCAUCACACCUGUAUCGAACACAUGUUGCAACAAAAAAAAUACACUGUACAAAAAGGUCAGACAGAUAUGUCUGCUUUAAAGGGUUGGUUGACCCAAAUGCUAGACACAAAAAUAUUUUCUCGGUAGUAUUCAUCGAUAUCUAUUCAACAGAUAUCUCAAAACCUGGACAGAUAAAAACAAAUCAAUUGUAGAGAUAUGGUGCGCAAGAAGAUAUGUGUCUAGUCAUUUAGGUGUUACAUCACUUUAGCAUUCAUCAAACAGACUCCAAAUAUAUUUGCAGAGAGUAGAAAAUGUUUGUUGGAUAUACAUAAAUAUACUGUGGCGUUUUCAACAGGGCUGUGGUACUGCCAAUGUCCAAAAGUACUUUACGUUGCUCUCUCAUGUCCAUCUGCAAAUACACAUCAGCACGCCAGCUCAUCUGCAGAUAGAAUCUCACCUAUAAAUAUUGUAUAUUUUUGCAUUAUGGGUAAAUUAGACCCAGAUUGGCUCCAGUUAAAACCUUCAUUCUUAACAUCCACAAUGAUUUAAAGAACACCGUGAGAAAAUCUUGUGUAUAGGGUUAUAGUUGCAAUAAUUGUACCAUAAGAGGCAACAGUUGGGCAACAGGGGUACAGUCGGUUGGGCAGUUGUUAGCUUCCAGCUGGCAGAGGACUGGCCUUUUGUUAGGCCUUCAGUUGGAAAUAGGACUUCUCUGAAGUAACGUAACCAACACAUAUUGAGUAACUGAUUUUUCAAGUAAAAUGCCCAACACUGGUACCUAAGGAGAGGUGUCCACUGAAAGGUACAAAAUGUAAAACCAGAGUGUCUCCAGUCACUGAAAACAAACGUAAUCAGGUUGUUUGUGAGGACAACUCGCUACCCCAGAAUGGUUCAGCUCAGUGCAAAGGAAAGCUGCAAUUAAGGAUUGUUUGCUGAAGAUGUGAGAAAUGGUGAAAGCCCACAGGAGGGUUUGGGUUAGACUGCAGCUCACAGAGGGAGGGAAGUGUGUGUGUGUGGAGUAAGCGUUUCACUGCCUGUUCAUGCAAUAUGUACUGUAUGUAUUGUACUUGUAAAUGGGAAUCCGGCGCACAGGUUUAAAAGGUUUGUUAAAAACAUUACAUGGAAUAUUCAGUUCUAUUAUUUCUUCUUUUUUUACUGUUUUAGUUCAUGUUUUGUUAUUAAUGUAAAACCCUUUUUUUAAUCAAAAGCAAAGCUCCAGUUGAAUCCCAAACUCCUGCGUGUGUGGGGGAGAGUGAGUGUGUCCUUGUCGAUAUGCCUGUAUGCUCUUAGCAGUGACCUGAUUCCGUACUCUUACAAGCCCUUUUUCUUAUUUCUGAGCUGAGGAUGUUUCUUUUUAAAAUGAUGAUGUUUCAUUUAAAGAGAAAGUGAAAAACUUUCUUUUGACAGCGGGGAACUACUUUAUUUGUGUGUUGUCAAAUGCUUGGGUUCAAUACCCCCCCCCCCUAAAAACACAACAAAAAAAACCACGUAUUGACUCGGCUGAACCGUCGUCAUGUCAGGAAUUUAUUCUUGUACCGAAUGAAGUUUAGAGCAGAAGGAAAGCAAUAGAGCAGCAGUGUGCACGUACGUACAAUCCCAAUGUUGCUCCUGGGUGGGCGUGUUAAAGGAAAAUACCACUGUUUUUGUCCACUCCCGGCGGCUCAGGUUUAGAUUUGGAGGCACUUUAUAUUUAUCUGCAGAAGUUAAUGCUUGAGAAAAGGGUUCAUACUGCCCCACGGACGGAUAACCUCUCAGGACACGUAAUAUCUGUGUCAAGUAAGUCAGAUCACACAGCUCGCUGUAGAAUGAGUGUGAAACAAGAGUAACAUGCAACACUGCUAUUCUCCUUAAAAAUGCACAGCGUAACAGCACAAAAAAAAAGUUAAACAAUAAUAUUAUUUUUUUUUAAACAUGCAGGAGUAACUCUUUCCUAACUUUCUGAACAAGCUGAACUUACGACUCUUUGCUACUCACAAAACAAUCUUCUCUCCCUCUACUGAGGAAGCUGCACAGUCGUGACCAACAACUGUACAGCGUGUCCGUCUAGCACUGUAAAAAGUAACAUUUGAACCGUCAUCAUUUUGUUUUCUAUUAGCGGUCUUGUUGCCUCGCUAGGACAGUGUGGCAGCUGGUCAACAUCUGGAUUAGGACAAGAAUGGAACAUGCAGUUCUUUCAUUUUACAGUCCGUCAUAUAAAGUAAGCACACUUGAUUGGAUGCUGACACUGUGUCUCCACACUUACAGCUAGCCCGACGGAUUAUAGUGCUGUUGAGUAUUUUGUAUGUAUCUAUAUGUAUAUGAGCUCACACGGCCCGUAAUCGUUGACAGAAUUGCCAAGAGAUACUUCGCUCGGCUCGACAUAAAAACGGGGAAGAUCAUCAAGCUGGCUUUGUCCAAAGUUGAAGUGGCAAUACACAUGUGUUUUUCUUGCUCUGACCUAUUUAAAUGUUGAUUACACAAUGUAAUUGCUAUGAAACGCUGACACCAUCAGCAUUUAGACCGGUUCCAUACACCUUGCUUUCACUAUGCAAUCUUGUUUGUCCUGCGUAGAGUGUCAGGAAGGAAGUGUGCCAACUAUUGCUCAGCCCAAACAAGAAUGAAGGAAUAGAGAAAAAAGACAACGCCGACUAAAAAGCUUACGUUACUAUUUAAUGAACAUUUGGGGAAGUCUAUUGAAGUGGUGGGACGCCAGUAAGAUGAGGACCUAAAAACUCAACAGCACCAUCGUCCGAAUAGGCCAGAGGUGAAGGCCUCAAGAAUCGGCCAACCAAAUUUGUGUUUCAACACUUGUGUAGGGAGGCUCUUUACCUCAGCAUCCAUCUCUCCUUCUCUUCUCAAUCACCUUCUCCUUUGCUCACCUCCAUCUGCUCGCACAGAACACCAAGGGAUACCAAUUAGCUGACAGGUUAGCAAACAAUGCUUGUCAUGAUGAGAGUCCUCGGUUCUUCGUGGAUUUCGGCCCAUCAAAGCUGAAACAUAAUUCUGAUCUUUUUUCACUCCAAAGUUAAUAUUGGCUCAGCUCUCUAUUUCUGUCUGUCUCUCCUUCCCUCUCAUCCCUCCUUGUGCAUCUCUGUGCAUCUCUGUGCAUCUGUUUGCAAGGUGUGCAUGUUCGCCGCGGUUCAGUUGUAGGUGUGUGGCAAUGGUUAAAGGGUGGUACCAUGAAGCAUUAGCAGUGAGUAAUCUUCUUCACUACACGGUAACAUGAGUGGACUUCAAGGUCUGUCACGCCAUCUCAGUGCUAGAUUACAUUUAAAUUCAUUUUGCUCAGGCUUUUUAAACAUCGUUUUGUCAUCAUGUCAGAGGCAGCUUAUGUUACUUUGAAGGUUUCUUGGUGAAGCUCUGUCAAAGGAACCUGAGGAUGCAAACGUGAGCAGUUAUUGUGUAUAUGCUGGAAACCUACUGUCCACAUUCUCUAAAUGUAUGAAUAUACAUUUUAACUUGUUAAAUAACUGAGAUGACCACGCUGGACGACCCAGUGAGGUGCCGUUGUGAGCGGUAUAGGGGAUUUGCAUUGUACAAGCUUUAACCAUCUGUCCAGGUUACAGUGAAUGUGUAUGGCUGCAUAAAUGUGUGUUGCACAUGGAGAGUUGUUUAAGACCCCUAAUGUUCCUCCCUCCCCCUCCCACACACAAUCUGUCAGUUCUCCCUGCUGUCUAAUACUGAAGAAACCCAAAACACACGCGCACACACACACACACAGACACUCGUCUGAAGCAAACAUGACUUGGUGGUUUCUCCAAAGCUUCAUGAUGGUCCGCUAAAGUCCUCUAAGAGAUUCCGACGGACGCAAGGGAAGUCAUGCAGUGCGGAGAGGCCGAAGUGCCACCUAACUGAAGUGAAUGUCUCGCUGUCAAUACUCCACUUCUCAGUAGUGUCAGUCGCUCACUCUCCAUCUCUUCUUCGUCCUGUUCGGCCGCCAAAUUAACUCCACAAUCACCAGUGAAGCGUUGAGAUCCAAGCCAUUCUGUUCAAAGGAUAACAUUGGGGGAAAAGAUCUGCUUUACGUCUGUACAAACCGAUAUGUGGAGUUACCCUGCAGGCACUGUGGAGUCGUCUUUCUCUUCUCCUGUACCCUUUUCUUCUCUAAUUUAUUGUGACUUUAGUUCUACGGUUGUUUAGCCUCCAUCGCUGAUGGUAAAGUUUUCUUUUUUCUGUCUUCCUUUUGGUCAAAUUUACCCUUUUUUCUGUUAACUUUAGUCACUGCUAAUGUAACAAAACGCACUGUGAUGAUUCCAGUAUUAAUAAAAGUUGUACUUAAACUGUG